UGCCACCGCCCAGGAGCCAGUGCCCGAGGGCCGGCUAUAAAUCCUCUCCUGGAACCUCUCGCGGCACCGGAACACCCGCCAUGGCCUCUCCCUGGGCCGUGCGGCUGCUGCUGGUGGCAGCCUGGAGCGCGGGCUGCGGUGAGGCCUUCCGGUGCUACUCCUGCGAGCGGCCCAUGGCUAUGUCUUCCUGCAAAAACAUCACCCUGUGCAAGCAGGAGGACACGGCAUGCAAGACCACACUGGAGACCGUGGAAUCGGAGUACCCCUUCGACCGAAGCCCCAUGGUGACCCGAUCCUGCUCCAGCUCCUGCCUGGCCACCGACCCCGACAGCAUGGGGGUUUCCCGCCCUGUCUUCUGCUGCUUCCGCGACCUGUGCAACUCAGUGGGGGUGGCCAGGCCGGGCCUGGGGGCCCUGGCCACGCUGGGGGCUGCCCUCCUCCUGCCUCUUCUCUCCUGACGGCUGGCACCGCCUGCAGCUCCCCACGCCCCGGGCCAUGAGCUCCUCAGGAGACCCAAGGGAGGAGCGCACACUGAGGACACACCCUGCCCCACAUCCACCACACUUGCAGAAAACAAGCCAGAGGACUGGAUACUGGGCACAGGGGUUGACACUGCUGCUGGCAUCCAGUUGGAGUGCCUGGGUUCGAGCCGUGCCUCCACUCGAUUCCAGAUCCCUACUCAUAGGCAACCUGGAAGGGAGCAGGUGCUGGCUCAAGUCCUUGGUCCCCACCACCCACCUGGGAGACCUGGGUCGUGCUCCUGGCCGCUGGCCUCGGCCUGGCCCAGCCCCACCUGUUUCAGGCGUUUGGGGAGAGAACCAGCAGAUGGGAGACCUCCAUCUCUCUCCCUCCUGCCUUUCAAAUAGAUACAAAUUUUAAAAGAAAAUAAAUGAGCCAAGGGUGGUCACACCUCUGUCCCCCAGGGCUGGCCUUCAGGGUUGACCUGGCUCGCUCUGGG